GGUAAAAUGGCGACGGGUGCCAUUUCCACGGAGUGCAAGAAAAUAUCAGAACUACGGGUUGUUGAUCUAAAAUCCGAGCUCAAGCGAAGGAACUUGGACACAUCUGGCGUGAAGAGCGUCCUCCUGUCGAGACUGAGACAGGCUAUUGAAGAUGAAGGUGGUGACCCAGAAAACAUUCAAAUCCAGCUUUCAACUGACACACCACCUCGAAAAGGUGGCAAAGCUAAAGGGAAAAAGGUGGAUUCAGAUGCGGACGCAGGGGAAGAUGACUUGUUUUCCAAGGAAACGGAAGAGUACGAAUCAGAAAAAGAUGUAACUGAUACAGAUGAUGGUACUCGUGAAAAUUCUAAGCCAGCACCCUGCGAGGACAGCCUCGCUCAGCCUGAGGCUGAGACUGAACCAGAGUCAGAAGCUGUGGCGGCUGAGGCUGAUUCAGAGCCUGAGCCAGAGAUGGAUGGUGAUGCUGAGGCAGAGCUGGAUGCAGAUGCGGAGCCAGAGGUCGAUGCAGAUGCGGAGCCAGAGAUGGAUGAGGAGGCCGACCCAGAGAUGGAUGGGGAGGCUGAGCCAGAGGGGGAGACCGAACUGGCUGAGAUGGAUGCUGAAGCCAUGAAUUCCUCUAAAGAAGCAGAGGACGAUCACCUAUCCGUCUCAAUCCCAAAUGAAGAUGCCCUCACCCUAGAUGUUGAUGGUGACGAUCUCCUGGAAACAGGUAAACAUGUGAAACUUCCAGAUCCAGAGGCCGAGAAGGGCACUGAUGAGCCAGAGGCCUCUGCUGAGACGGGCCCAGAUGAUGAUAUGAAGGUGGAAGAGACGGAGGGCCACAAAGAUGGUAAGAAAGAUGAUGGAUCCAGGGGUGAGCCCACGAAGAAAGACAGCAGAGAGGCCUUGAAGAAAGCUGAAACGGGAGAUAAAGACAAGGAUUCUGGGAAGAAAGGCCCCUCCACUACUGGGGCAUCAGGUCAAGCAAAGAGCUCUUCAAGAGACAGAGACGGAAAAGCUGCAAAAGAUGAAAAGGGAGUCGUCAACAGUAGCAGCAACAGCAGCUCUUCUCGUAACUUGUGGGUGAGUGGCCUGUCUUCAAACACCAAAGCAGCGGAUCUAAAGAACCUGUUUGGCAAAUACGGGAAGGUUUUGAGUGCCAAGGUGGUUACAAACGCUCGUAGUCCUGGUUCAAAGUGUUACGGCUUGGUGACGAUGUCUUCCAGUACAGAGGUGACACGGUGUGUCUCCCACCUUGACUGUACAGAGCUCCAUGGACAACAGAUAUAUGUUGAAAGGGCCAAAAAUGAUCCGUUCAAAAAAGAGUGCUCAAAGAAGGAAGCAGAGGACAAAGCCGGUUCCAGCAAAUCAAGUGAUAAGCGCAGUUCCACAGGGAUGAAGUUGACUAACAAAGCACAGCCAUCAUACAAAAAAGAAGACAAGAAAUUGGAUAAACUUUCAGAAAAGGACAAAGAUUUAUCCAAGAAACAAGAGACCAGAAGUGGAAAAUCUGAUUCCGUUUCAUCAAACUCGGGACAGGAUACUUCGAAGAAAGAUGACAGAAAGCAUGGGAGGGCAAAGAGCCCAUGCAAGAUGGCGGUGAUGCAUCAUGCCAAAGGAGACUCAAAUUUUGGCAAAAUGAGACCUUUCAGAAGGGGGAGGUAUUUUGAUAAACCUUUUGUCAAUAUGAAUAUCCAAAGGCGGCCAAAAUGGUUGAUUCCCCCUGAAGAGUUUGAAAUGAUGAAAGAGAAACAGCGACCUUUUAUUAACAAGGGGGAAGACAUCCUGCCUUUUGAGAAGAUGAAGGAGCAGAGGAUGCGUGAACGGAUGGCUCGCGUCGAGCGUGUCCGUAGAGCCGUAGAGUUGCGCAGGCGCCGCGAAAUUGCUGAACGAGAACGCCGGGAGCGUGAACGCGUCCGUCUGUUGCGGGAGCGUGAAGAACGGGAGAACCUGCUCCGGGAGCGCCAGAGACUCGAGAUGGAAAGACAAAAACUGGAAAGGGAGCGCUUGGAGAGGGAGAGGCUUGAGAGAGAGAGAGUCCGUAUUGAACAGGAACGGCGUAAAGAGGCAGAGCGCAUGGCACGUGAACGUGAGGAGCUGCGGAGGCAGCAGGAGCAGCUCCGUUAUGAGCAAGAAAAGAGGAACAACCUCAAAAGAGGCCGUGAAGUGGAACAUGGUCGGAGAGACGAUCCCUAUUGGAAUGGCAACAAGAAGAUGCAGCCUGAGUCUGAUGUGCGUUUGAACCAGGGCUCGAACUACAACCGGCAGCAGAACCGCUUUUCAAACUUCAAUCCCAGAGAGAGGGGUCGCUUUCCAGAGGCUGCUGCGGAGCAGCCCAACACGUAUGACAGACGUAACCGGUUUGACGGUGAGCCAGAGGUAAAGAAGAGUCGCCCUGCUCCUCACAGAGAGGGCUCUGGCUUUGAGCGCUACCCCAAGAACUUUGAACCAGUCCGCAGAGCUGAGCCACCUCCUCCUCCACGCACCGAACUCCGGGAACCCGACCGCAGGGACAGAGAUGAGAGGCGGCCUGUACCCAUGCAUGAUCGCCCUAUGGGAGCCAGAGCCACAAUGCCUAGCAUGUCGCACAACCGCUCACCCAGGGAUGGAGGGCACGGAUGGAAGAAUGAUACCGGGAUAAACUCCAACAAGGGAGAUUUACGAGGACCUAUGCGCAUGCGUGCAGAGCGAUCAGGCAGAGAUGGUCCAGGCCCUGCACUUAGAGGAGGCUCCUCGUCCAGCCGUGGAAGGAGCAGCUUUAAUGAUCGAGACACGAGGCCCAUGGUGAUGAGUAAUCAGCCAUUCAGCUCUGGCCGGCAGGUGGUUGUGGAACGUCACAGCAGGGAGCAGGGUCUGAGGAAGGAGUGGCACGGUGGAUCAAGCUCCCAGGAAAGGGGCUUCCCUGAUAAUCGAAGGAUGGGAGACAGCCGGGGCAGCAUGAUGGCUCCUUCGAGUCACUCUUCGUCUGGACUCAAUCGAAUUGUACAGAUCACCAACAACACCAUUCCCAGUGGUGGCAACGUGGGUGGGUUCAAGCCCUACAAAGGAACACCGCGGCAGUUCUAACUGCAACCAAAAUCUGCCACUUUAAAGCACCUGAACAUUUGAAGACUUUUCUGAACUCUUUAUUUUUAGGAUAUCAACUGUUUUUAGGUGGCAGACUUGUAGCCACAAGGUUGAUAACACUAUUUUAUUUCGUAUAGACAAGUGUUUACCUCAGUGUAGGGUUUUCCUGACAGUUCCGCUGUUACCAUUAAGCAACCCUGCGCACGUUUUACUUAUAUUUAGGAAGAUCUUGUACAGCCCUAGGUCUUUGUAAGUUUUCAAGUGAUGUUACCAACUUACCCUCAGAUUGAGUGUUGUAUGUACAUUUUCAAUAGCCCAGUGUCACACUCAGUUUUCCAGUGUAAUAUGUCUAAUUUUAGUGUAUUAUAGAGCUCAAAGUGACAGGGAUCAUUCACUCAUUUGAAUGUUUCUCUGUGAGGAAACGGAUGACUAAUUAUUUUGAAAAGUCAUACUUGGUGUGGAUGUCCUGUUUUUGUAAAGACUGGUUUGAAUUUGCUAAAACAGUAUCGAACUGUAAGCUAGCCUGCAUUGUAGCAAAAUACCUCUUACAGACUGAGGUUAAUUACAUACAGGCCUGUGUCUCUGAAAUAAAAUUACUUUCAAGUCUGUUUCUGCAGGGCAGUCAAUGGUGUCAGAGUCCCUGAAAGGACCAUUAAUAGAUUGUUUUUAUAUUUCCAAAUUUGAUUAAGCCUGGCAGUCAAAUAAUGGCUCAAAUUCUGGCAGUUUUCACUCAGUUUGGAGCCUGUAGUAUCAAUUUGAAGACUUGAUAUUAGGACAGGUUAUGUCUGUCAUUUAACCUUUUGGUACAAGCUGGAAGUGCUUUGAUGUCAACUGAAGUAUUAAAUCUGAAAAAUCUGGGACACAUCUGCACUUUGUUACGUAUCUGACUAAACCAUCACCUUAGACUUCCAUAUUGCUUCCUCAGUCAUUUCAGGUUUAUUUAUUAUUUCAUUUAAGAGCUGUUUAUGUUGGUUUUUUUGGGACCAAGACAUCCAGGUCUGCACUGCAUGUAUUUAGACAUUGACACACUCCUUACUGUCACACCUGUCAGAACUGGUUGAUAAAGGUUGAUUAAAAUACAGAAACUGAUAAGCAAAAUGA